AUGAUUAACAGGGAAAUCCACUUUUAUGUCUGUACUCUCAUCGGAGAAAUAUUAGAAAUGGAAAUGGCCAGCAGCAGCACUAUUGAUGAAGUUAAAAGGGCCAUUCAAUAUGUGGAGGGAAUUCCUCCAGAUCAGCAAAGAUUUAUCUUUACAGGAAAACAACUAGACGAUAGAUUUACUCUUGGUGAGUACUUUAUCAAAAAUGGAAGUACUAUUCAUAUGGUCUUAAGACUUAGCGGGGGAGGUGAGAGAAGAAAUGGCCUCACAAUUAAAAAUAUGGUUACUAAGAAAGAGAAUAAUGUUGAGUGUGAUUAUAACACUCUCCAAUUUGGAGAAUUGGAGAGUCAAAUUUCGGGGAUGUUCGAUGUAGAUGAAGACAAGAUUAGGGUCUUCAUCAAUGGAAGAAGAAUCAAUCCUAGCAGAGAAACUGAAAUCAAGAAAGUUGGCAUAGAAUCUGGUGUUAAGGUUGAAUUCAACUAUCCCAAUUAUAAAAGCUAUGUUGCUCUCCAGAAGGUUGAUGGCUCUUGGGAUGAAAAUAUUUUGCUAGAAUGUGACAAAACUGAGGAAGAAGUGCAAACACACUCCUGAGAAUGUUAA